UAUAAAUAUCUCAAUAAUGCGAAACCCACGUUUGGCAUUUUCUGUAAGCAUUUCUUUUACCACUCCCAAUUCUACUGCUCGUCGUGCUUCUUCCCGGUCUCAAGCAUUCAUCGGGCCAAGUUAUCUUCUCUAGAUGGAUUCUAGCUCUGAUGAAACUUCCGAAAUUAGUGACUCAGAGAUUGAUGAUUAUGAGGCUAAAACUUAUGUCCAACUGAAGACAGAAAAGCUCAAAGUAAAAGUCUCAGAUGGAAGCUAUAGAUGCCCAUUUUGUUUGGGAAAGAAAAGACAAGAUUACCUAUAUAAGGAUCUCCUUCAACAUGCAUCAGGAAUUAGCACUUCCAACAGGAAGGCGAAGGUGAAGGCAAAUCACCAGGCCCUUGUAAAAUUCUUGAAGAAUGAUCUUGCUAACACUUCAAAUUCAUCACCGCAGUUAAUGAUUGUUAAACAGGGUCCUUCUAAAGCUAAACAACCUGAUCAAUUUGUUUGGCCAUGGAUGGGCAUUGUUGUAAAUAUUCCAACAGAAUUUAGGAAUGGAAAGUAUGUUGGCGAAAGUGGAAAUAGGCUUAAGGGGCAGCUAUCUAGAUUUAAUCCCUUGAAAGUCCAUGCUUUAUGGAAUUUCAAGGGCUUUACCGGAAAUGCGGUUGUGGAUUUUAGCAAAGACUGGACAGGAUUUAAGAAUGCAAUGGCAUUUGAGAAUCAUUUUGAUGCUGAUCAUUUUGGUAAAAGGGACUGGGUUGAAAAAGACAAUCAUGGUCCAGGAAUAUAUGGAUGGGUAGCUCGUGCUGAUGACUACAAUUCAGGUGGGCCCGUUGGGGAUCAUCUUAGAAAAAAUGGAGAUUUGAAGACAGUGGGUGAUAUAACAGAAGAAGAAUCACGCAAGACAAGCAAACUUGUCCAAGAUUUGGCAACGCGGAUUGAAGUCAAGAAGAAGCACAUUGAGGAACUUGAGGGCAAAUACAAUGAGACUACUUUAUCACUGGAUAAGAUGAUGGAAGAAAGGGAUAAGCUGCAUGAAUCUUAUAACAGCGAAAUUCAGAGAAUGCAGCGCCUUGCCCAAGAUCAUUCUCGUAGGAUUUUUGAGGAGAAUGAGAAGUUGACGAUCGAGUUGGAUUCUAAAAGGAAUGAACUUGCAGCAAGAUCCAAGCAACUUGAUGAAUUAGUUACUCAAAGUGAUUCUGAUAAGAGGAAACUUGAAGAUGAGAAAAAGAAGCAUGCUCUCAAAAACAGUUCGCUUGAGUUGGCUUCUAUGGAACAGAAGAAAGCGGAUGAAGAUGUUCUCAAGCUCGUUGAAGAUCAAAAGAAUGAGAAAGAGGAUGCAAUGAGGAGGAUUCUUCUGUUAGAGAAGCAGCUUGAUGCAAAGCAAAAGUUGGAACUAGAAAUUCAACAGCUGAAGGGAAAUCUACAAGUAAUGAAGCAUAUGGGAGGUGAAGAUGGUAAAGUAAACAGCAAAAUAGAGGAGCUGAAUGAAGCUUUAAAAGAAAAAAUGGAGGAAUUGGAAGAUCUUGAUGCACUUAAUCAAGCUUUGGUUGUUCAAGAAAGGAAAAGCAAUGAUGAACUGCAGGAAGCUCGAAAAGAACUACUAUCUGGCCUGUCAGAAAUUCUGAACAAUCGUACAAUAAUUGGAAUAAAGAGAAUGGGUGAACUAAAUGAGAAGAUAUUUCACAAUGCAUGCAUCAAGAAAUAUCGUAAAGAUAAUGCAGAUGUAAAGGCUGCAGAGCUUUGCUCCAAGUGGCAAGAUGAAUUGAAAAAACCAGAGUGGCAUCCUUUCAAAAUGGUCACCGUUGAUGGAAAGCUUCAGGAAAUCAUACAGGAUGAUGACAACAGACUAACGGCAUUGAAAGGAGAAUUUGGUGAGGAAGUAUACGAAGCAGUUUCCACAGCUCUAUUGGAGAUGAAUAAGUAUAAUCCAAGUGGCAGAUACGUCGUGCCUGAACUCUGGAACUUCAAAGAUGAACGUAAAGCUGCUCUAAAAGAAGUCAUACAGUAUGUGCUACAGCAAUGGAAAACAAAUAAAAGAAAAAGGUGAUUAGCUUAAAUGUUUAAUAUUUGCCUGAUAUUUUAUCCUAAAAUAGGUGCGAAUACUGUAGCUAUUUGGAUCACUUGGUUCAAGUGACUCUUCUCUUGGCCUGUAUUUUUUUUGCUUGGUUUCUUUGGAAACUUUGUGGGCACGCCCCUUAUUUAGAGUUAGCCUUCGUUUGGGACGGCUUUCUAAUUGCUUCUCAAAGUAGUUUUCUAGUACAAAAAUUUAUAAAAAACGGCUUUAAGAAGCAUAAAAAAAAGUCAUACCAAACGAAGCCUUAAUUGGACUUGCGGCAUCACUGCUUUCUAUUUGGGUUUGUACCUAAAAUUGUGUCAGGAUGCAAAUUAUGGAAAGGAUGGAUUUGAUAACAAAAACAGUUAAUAUA